AUGAUAUCAAGUAGACCAGCAAAAAACAGCAAUCGUCAAGAUGAAACUAAUCUUGGUGAUAAUGACACAAUAGUUUCUGGUUCAGACAUUGCUUCUUUUCGAGAUAAACUUAAAUUAUUUCCGAUUCCAGUCACUUGUGAUGAAUUAUACGACGGAAAUGGCGACGAAUUUUUAAAGGGAACAGAAGGAGAAAUUAAAAGGCCUCCAAACUGCUACAUUCUGUUUCGUAAAGUAGCUAACAUGCGUGCAAAAGUUGUGGGAAUUUCAAAUCAAGAUCAGCGUUAUUGGUCGGUGGUUACUUCAAAGUUAUGGAUGCAGGCGUCUGUUGAGGAAAAGAAUCAAUAUAAGAAGCUUUCGAAGGAUGUUUCCAAAAAACACAAAAAAUUCAAUCCUUAUUAUACAUUCAAACCUAAUCGCGCCAAAGCUAAUUGGAAAAAUCUGGAUGCAAACAAUUAUAAACAUAACACCACUACUAUAAAGGGAAAAACCGGAAAAAAUUCAUCACAAACUAGUUUUCGCAGCCCAAAAGAAAGCAGUUCAAGUCCAUCUUCUAAUUCGUCGUCAUCGUUAUCAACGUUUUUACCUUCGUCUAAUUCAUCGCCGUUGUUAUUACCCGCACGUUCAAAAGAAAUGAUCUCGCAACAAGAUUCAGUUUACUCCACAUCACCUUCAAUAACAUCGUCCACAACUCAACCUCAACCACGAUCUCAAAUAAAUCGGCAGCAACAAAUUACAGCACAAAAUACGCACCAAUCAUCAACGUUAACUAUACCGACAUCAAUCAAUGCAGUUUUACCUUCCAUUCUCAACAAUUACAAUCCAUUUUCACAGGAACAACCGCAUAUCAACCCGGUUUACGAAUCAACAACAGAAUUCCUAGAAGGCCAGGUUGCAGGUCAACCUACUCAACAAUCAACAACGUCAACCACGACAUCAUCACACACAAUUUCGUCUGCCAACCUUAACAACAAUAAUCCGUUUUCGCAAAAUCAAUCACACGUACCGCCAUUUUACGAACAAACUACAGAGUUCCAACAAGGCGUAACAAAUACCUUUGUGAUAAGCGAUACAUCCCCAUCGAACGCAUGGCUUAUUCAUUACCCUGCUCAUACUACUACCACCGACAACUUUAUGGAAGAUGCUUUCAAAUGA